ACAGCAACUGUGGAGCGCAAUUUUAGUACAAUGAAUGGAAUAUUAACUGGUUUACGAAAUCGCUUAACAACAGAACAUUUGGAAAAAUUAAUGCGAAUAUCAAUAGAAGGACCAGCUGAUUUAGAUGAUGAUAUAAAAAAUAUAAUUAUUGAUAAUUGGAAAAGUAAAAAAUUACGGGAAAUUUCGGUUUAA